UUUCUUCAGUACUUGUUCUACUGUGUUAAAGAACAAAUAUAUCAAAUAACAAUUAGUUUGUAGUGAGUACAAAAGAAACUACUAUAAACUUCAGGAAAUAUUGUUUGUAAGGGCAGCAGAUAAUUAGGUUACUUAUUUAGCCAAUGAAGCAACAGAACAAGACACGACAGCACAUCCCUUUUUUGUUAAUAAUAAAUCGCUACAUGCAUUCACAUCACUGCUCAUAUAAUUGACUUAAGGAAGUAUCUGAAUCGUGCAGGAUCAGUGGAGGAAUAUUCUGCUCUUGACAUCAGAGGUCGACAUCUGAACAAGGAGGUGUAGUUACUAUACAGAACUGAACAGCAUACAAGCUGGAAUCAUUUGCUCACAUUUUAACCAGGAUUAGUGCCUUUUGGGAUGUCCAAGUCAUUGAUGACUUUUGUUGUUUGCAAGAAGCUACAGAAUAACACACAACGUCUCUGUGAUUUAUGCCACACAAGAAGCUAUGGGAUAUUUUUUUCUACAAUACAUUUGGAGCAGUUUACAUAAAUAUUUCUAAACAUUCUUUUACUUUUUUAUUUUUAAGCUCUGAAUUACAGAGCUGAUUUCUUUUUUAAAAACCAUGCAGAUACCAUGAUGAUGUAACCAAAACAAUUCUAUUUGGUGUCUCUUUUUAAAAAAAAGUGGAUUUGACUUUUUUUAAAUGAUAGUAAUAUAUAAUGGGUAUAAACUUUAUUCUACAAUGAUUACCUUUUGAGAAGAUUGGAAAAAAAAACAUUUUCAACUUGGCUCAUGGUCACUAUAAAAUAAUCAGGAAUUUUAAAAACUUUAUUAAGCUCAGAAAAGAAUAAAAUACCUUGGAGAUUCAAUAAACAUCAAUUUUUGUUUAAGUUGGAGAAGAAAAAGACGACAAAAUGCAGGUUUCUUUUGCAUGUUCCGAACACAACUUGAAAACGCGCAGUGCAGAAGAUAGGCUGAACCGGCAAAAUGUCAGUAGCCCAAAUCUUGCCGCUCGAACAAAAUUCCGAGCUGUAGCCAUGGUCGCCCGGAGCCUUGGACAUCUGUCAGUGCAAAAUGUUCCAACCCCAAGUGAUUCUAGCUUACGUCAGCCUGGAAUGAAGUAUAGAAAUCUUGGCAAAUCUGGUUUAAGAGUUUCCUGCCUCGGACUAGGAACAUGGGUGACAUUCGGAGGUCAGAUCACUGAUGAGAUGGCAGAGCAAUUGAUGACCUUGGCAUAUGAUAACGGGAUAAACCUUUUUGACACAGCGGAAGUCUAUGCAGCUGGAAAGGCUGAGGUUGUGUUGGGAAAUAUCAUUAAGAAGAAAGGUUGGAGGAGAUCCAGCUUGGUAAUUACAACCAAAAUCUUCUGGGGAGGAAAGGCAGAAACUGAAAGAGGUUUAUCCAGAAAACAUAUAAUUGAAGGUUUAAAGUCUUCUUUAGAAAGGCUGCAACUAGAAUAUGUUGAUGUUGUCUUUGCUAAUCGACCAGAUCCUAAUACGCCAAUGGAAGGGGAUCCAUUUAGUUCUUCCAGGUCAAGAACAUUCAUCAUAGAAGAAACUGUACGCGCAAUGACCCAUGUCAUAAAUCAAGGGAUGGCGAUGUAUUGGGGGACCUCGCGAUGGAGCUCUAUGGAAAUAAUGGAGGCGUAUUCAGUAGCUCGACAAUUUAAUCUAAUUCCCCCAAUCUGUGAACAAGCAGAAUAUCACAUGUUUCAGAGAGAAAAAGUAGAAGUGCAACUGCCAGAACUUUUUCAUAAAAUUGGUGUUGGUGCUAUGACUUGGUCACCAUUAGCCUGUGGAAUCGUUUCUGGAAAAUAUGAUGGUGGAAUCCCACCCUAUUCCAGAGCAUCUAUGAAGGGUUAUCAGUGGUUAAAAGACAAGAUCUUAAGUGAAGAAGGAAGACGGCAGCAAGCAAAACUUAAAGAGCUUCAAGCCAUUGCAGAACGCCUGGGAUGCACCCUUCCUCAGCUAGCAAUUGCCUGGUGUUUGAGAAAUGAAGGUGUGAGCUCUGUUCUGCUAGGUGCUUCUAAUGCUGAGCAGCUUCUGGAGAAUAUUGGAGCAAUACAGGUCCUUCCAAAAUUGUCAUCUUCCAUCGUUCAUGAGAUUGAUAGUAUUUUGGGCAACAAGCCAUACAGCAAAAAAGACUACAGAUCUUAAUACGGAAUGCAGCUGAAAAAAGGACUGAUACGGUUCUACUCCAAUUCUGUUUGCCUGCUUAAGCUUUACUGAAUCCAAGCGGAGUGUGGUUGCAACAAAGAAAACAUUUCCAGAUAAUGUCAGGAAACUGUUCAAAGUAUUAAAUGUAAAAAAAAUUAAAAAAAAUACAAACAGACAAAAAAAUAAUAAUAAUACGCUUACUGUAUGCUAAAUUGUUUAGCUGCACAAAAAUUGUCACAGAUUGAGAGUUCUUUGUGGGCAACGGAACACCUUUUCGAACAGUAAUACUUUUGUUUGAUUGUAUCCAUUUUGAUGAGCAUGAGCGUAAUUUUAUCAUUUUUUUUCUUUGGGCACUGGUGAGAGAGUUCUGAACUUUAUCAACAGCAUGACAUCUCUUAUGAUUCUCAAAUAUUACAUUUUAAUGAUAUUUGUCUCCACGUUGCUCAAUUCAAUACACCUACAAUAAUUCCUAAUCACACACUGGCCUCUUAUAGUCUCACAGCAGUUUAAAAAAAACUUUAUCAAUUUGCUUUUGCUCUUUUUUGUAUUGCAUAACAAUUCCAAAGAAAUAUGUACAUAUCUGUUUAUAAAAACAUCACACGUGUCAUUACCAUUUUUACUUCAUAGACUCAUACACCAUCAAAUACAUAUUUAUACUUACAGAAAUGCUGGAAGAAUUGUCUGCUUCCAUUGUAUUUUUAUCAAAUUGGUUUUCUGUCUAUUUGUGGUUUUCUCUUAGUUGCUACCUCUGAGACUGCCAUGAAGCACACUGAUUACCUGUGCAGGUGUUAAUGCAUAGAUGGUUGGUAAGUUGCCGCUUAUGGUAGUUACUAAAUCUCCCCAAAUGCAAAUAUCAAACAUAAAAAUAAAUACAUAUACGGUAUAUAUACUGUGUGUUUUGUAUGU